AUGGCUCAUUUCCUGAGGGGAAAGCAAGCCGGCAUCCAAAAUGACUUCUCCGGCAGUCUAUCUCCGGAGCUGUUCGAUAUUGAUGAUCUCGUGAGAUGUGGGAUCAAUUCACAGACAAGCGCUCUCACGUACGAUCCGGUUCAGUCUCUUCUCGCAGUCGGUACCAGCGAGUCGCAGUUCGGCCAUGGCCAGAUCUACGUUUUUGGCCAAGGACGAGUCUCGGUCAUCUUCUCCUUGCCCCGGAAAGCGUCCGCGAGGUUUAUACAAUUCUGUGGCAAUAAGCUCGUCAGUGUUGACUCGAAAAGCGAAAUCAGCAUAUUUUCCCUAGAGACGAGACAACUCCUUGUCUCAUAUGCACCCCCGAGUCACGCUAGUGCGCUACUCACCGAUCCCAGUAUCGACUAUGCAUUCAUCGGGUUGCAGAAUGGCGACGUUGUCGCCUACGACCUUGACCGUGAAAACAUGACGCCGUUUAGAAUAUCCAACCUAUGGGCGCAGCGCAAUCCGCGAGCGCGAUUUUCUCCUGUCAUCAGCCUGUCUUUCUCCCCCCGUGAUAUUGGCAAGAUUCUUAUCGGAUAUCCGGACGGGGCGGUGACGUUUUCGUUCAAACAGAACGUACCACAACAUUACUUCGAGUAUGAAGUUCCGGCAGGCGCUUUGGGUGGAAAUGGCGACAUCCCAGUUAGCAGCCCGCGUAAACCGAAACUGACCAAAGCUCUAUGGCAUCCGAAUGGCAUAAUCAUGCUUACAGUACAUGAUGACAAUAGUUUGGUCUUUUGGGACACAAAGGACGGUCGCAAGUUAUUAGCUAGAUCUAUAACUACGUCCAACGUUGAUCAGCCGGGUGCCCUUCCAGAUCGGCCUUCUACGGCCGGAUCGAUUACCGGGAUUAAAGACCAGAUUACCGAUGUUGCCUGGUGUGUGAAAGCGAAUGGCGAUGACAGUGGGCUUUUGAUUGCAGGCGGCAAACCAAAGGAUGAGAGAAACAAAAACCUUACCUUCCUCGAUUUGGGCCCGUCGCCCAACUACCAGACGUCCUCCUGGGCCAUGAUCACAACCUACCUAGAGAAACCGAGUCCUACAACAGAGCUUCCGAUCCCCCCGGGUGCUGAGGUGGUCAGCAUCUGUGUGGUUCCUCGCAAUUCUCCCUACUAUGGCGGCGCCCACGACCCAAUAGCAGUUCUUGCUCUUUUGUCAUCGGGCGAAUUGAUCACAUUGAGUUUCCCCAGUGGACAUCCCAUUCCACCUACCAACAUGCUACCGCCCUCGGUUACUCUCGUUCAUCCUUUUGUGAACAAGAUCACUCUGACUCCAGUUGAUCGUAGUGCCUGGCUUGGACUGAAGGAACGGCGAUCCCAAGGGCCAAAAUUCAUCCUAGGUGGUGCGGAGGGAAGAAAACACCUAAAGCGCCUUGAAAGUCGCAACAUAGUUACAGCGGCGCAUGCAGACGGCACCGUGCGACUAUGGGACAUCGGUCAUGACGACGAAAUUGAGAGCCCCGAAUCCAUUCAGGUUGAUUUAGCUCGAGCUGUGGGCCGUGUUAACAACAUUGAUGUUACAGAGAUGUCUCUUGGGGGCUUUAGUGGCGAACUAUCAGUUGGUCUCAGGAGCGGCGAGGUUGCUAUAUUCCGAAUGGGCAGUAACAAAAACUUUGGUCUAGAGGAACCCCCUGGGGCCAACAACGGGCCAGGAAAGCUGACCAACAUCAUGCAUAGAGUUGAUCCUGGCUUAAAGCAGGGUCUUCUACCAUUGACUCUCCUAAAUAUGCAACAGGGGCCAGUGACCGCGCUAAAGCAUAGCCCAGUAGGGUUUGUCGCCGCCGGAUUUGAAGCUGGCGGUAUUGCGAUUAUCGACUUGCGCGGGCCCGCCUUAAUCCACACUGCGAAUUUAUCAGAGCUUGCCAAGCAGAACAAGCGAAGUAGUUUCCUCAAAUCUCGAGGUUCGAGUGAAACUGUUCCCGAGGUGCCGACAAGUAUUGAGUUUGGUAUUAUGACUCUAGACGGUGAAGACUACUCCAGCAUAUGCUGCUUUGUGGGAACAAACAGAGGCAAUUUGGCUACAUUCAAGGUAUUGCCAUCGAGCAGCGGUGCCUACGUGGCGUCAUUCGCUGGCGCGGUUGCAUUGGAGGACAGAGUUGUCAACAUCAUUCCUAUUAAUGCCGACGAUGGUAGUUUAGCAUUAGCUACAGGAGACGCAUUUGGCGGCUUAAGAAACGGCCGUAGGGUCCAUGGCGCCGUAGUCGCUGUGACCACUAAUGGGUGCAGGGUCUUCAAACCCGCCACAUCCAAGGGCGCACACCGGUCUUGGGAUGAUUACCUUUGUGACUCUGCCUCAGUUGUCAACAUCUCCGGUCGAGGAUGCAGUCUAGUUGGAUUAUUUGGAGACGGAAACGCCCGAGCAUUCUCUAUUCCUGGUCUCAAGGAGAUCGGCUGCACCAACAUCAGUCAUAUGGCCGACGUAUCUCGCCUCUCCCAGUCUACUGUAUCACCAAAUGGCUGCGUCCUAUUUUGGACCAGUCCAUCUGAAGUAGGGAUAUUCAGCGUUUGGGGUGCUGGAGUCGGAUUACGCCGGUCAGAAGACCAGCUAUACAACCCUCAGCUGGCACCCCCUCCUCGACCCACAAUCAGCAAUAUACAGUGGAUUUCUGGUACUCAGUAUAUCUCACCGGCUGACAUGGAUAUUCUUAUUGGAGGACCCGAUCGCCCGCCAUCAAAGCGAAUGAUAGAACAAAUGCGACUAGAGGAGCAAGAACGCCAAAAAGCCGCCAGGGAAGGAAGAACGCCCACUGGACCGGCGCGCCAGGACAGCGGCGAGGAAGGAUACUUCGCCUACAUGCAACGGCAAAUGACGGAGCGUACCCAGAAUCUUUCAUUCGCCAACGAUAACAUGGAUAGGCUAGAGGAGACGAGCAGUGGCUGGGCAAGGGACGUCGACAAAUACGUCCAGAACCAGAAAAAGAAAGCUGUUUUAGGUGCUCUCGGAUCAAAGUUCGGAUUCUAG